UAUGGUUACCUGACUUGGGAGUGGGCCAACGGCUUAAGGGGCUACUCGUACCCACUGAUCUUUGCAAGCAUUUACAAAGCUUUACAGCUGCUGGAGAAGGACGAUGUUCAGCUGCUGAUAUGGGUCCCCAGACUUGCACAGGCAGUGCUGGCAGCUUUUGCUGAUGUGAAGCUUUACUCAUUAGUGCAACACCUUGAAAAUGCAGAAACAGCAAAGUGUGUGUACUUCUGCCAGCUGUGUUCCUGGUUUACAUGGUAUUCCUGUACCAGAACUCUAACAAACACCAUGGAAACUCUCCUUACCAUUUUUGCUCUUUCCUACUAUCCAAUAAAAGGUUCCAAGAUGGGGAGCAGUUGCAAAUAUUUAUCUUUGGUAGCACUUGCAAUUGUUAUUCGUCCCACUGCUGUUAUCCCAUGGAUACCUUUGGUCUUUAGUCAUUUUUUGCAAGAACAGAGGAAAGCAGACCUUAUCCUACGCAACUGCAUUCCAAUUGGACUGGUCACAGUAGGAACCUCUUUAAUAAUUGACCGUGUGUUUUUUGGUGAGUGGGUACUAGUUCAGCUGAACUUCUUGAAAUUCAACGUGCUGCAGAAUUUGGGAACGUUUUAUGGAUCUCAUCCUUGGCAUUGGUACUUCACCCAGGGACUACCAGUCAUCUUGGGUACCCAUCUGCCUUUCUUUAUUCAUGGCUGUGUGCUGACACCGAAAAGGUAUCGCAUCUUUCUAAUGGCAGUGAUUUGGACAGUGGUGGUAUACAGCAUGCUGAGCCAUAAAGAAUUCAGGUUCAUCUAUCCAGUACUACCAUUUUGCAUGGUUUUUUGUGGAUACUCUUUGAAACACCUGAAAGCAUGGAAGAAAUCUGCAGCAAGUUUUCUGCUUUUAUCAAACUUACUCCCAGCCCUGUAUACAGGCUUGAUUCACCAGCGAGGCUCUCUUGAUGUUAUGAGUCACGUACAGCAACUCUGUGAUACCUCUUACCAGUCACAAGCUUUUGUCUUCAUCAUGAUGCCAUGCCACUCUACUCCAUUUUACAGUCAUGUUCACUGUCCUCUAAAAAUGAGAUUCCUUCAGUGUCCCCCAGACCUAACUGGAAACGGAAGCUAUAUCGAUGAAGCUGAUGUGUUUUACUCUAAUCCGCUUGGCUGGCUUAAUAAGGAGUUUUACAAUGAUACGUUAUUGCCCAGUCACUUGAUCUUCUUCAGUGUGCUAGAACAGGAAAUAUCAUCAUUUCUAGCUUUAAGGGGCUAUGAGAAAACAGCCACUAUCUUUCACACUCAUGUACCUCAAGGACGAGUUGGAAGCCAUAUCUACGUCUACAGGAAAAAUAAAUGAAAUGAAUCAUACCUGAAGAUCAGUUUCUAGACUUAAGACCUAAUGAGAUCAGUUUUGCACAGCAUUGCUAUGCUUAGAAGAUCUUGUACUGAAGAAAGGAGAGAGUAGUGAGUCUGAAACAGGGUAAGUCAAAUGGGGAGGUCUAAUU